AAUGAGCCCAGAUGUUUUUGUUUCCAUCUCCGUUUUCAGGACUACAUUGACGCACACCCUGAGACCAUCGUCCUGGACCCUCUCCCCGCCAUCCGAACCCUGCUGGACCGCUGCAAGUCCUACCAGCUCGUCCACAGAAUAGAAAAGUGUAUGCAAGAUGAGAGGAUUUGCUCUCCUCCCUUCAUGGUCCUCAACACGGAGUGCACCCCGGACGUUCUGGAGCAGAUCAAGCUGCAGGGUCUCACAUUCCCCUUCAUUUGCAAAACUCGUGUGGCUCAUGGCACCAACUCCCAUGAGAUGGCCAUUAUCUUCAGUGAAGAGGACCUGAAGGACGUGAAGCCUCCGUGUGUGAUCCAGAGCUUCAUCAACCACAACGCGGUGCUGUACAAGGUGUUUGUGGUGGGGGACUCCUACACCGUGGUGGAGAGGCCCUCCCUGAAGAACUUCCCUGCUGGGCCUGCAGGUGAGAAGCGGCUAAGGAGUCCAGAGACGGUGCACAUCCACACCGAAAGAAAAUCCAUUUUCUUCAACAGCCACAACGUCUCCAAACCCGAGUCAUCUUCAGACCUGACCUCGGUGGGUCUCUGUGUUUCUUUAUUCGGGGUUCGUACAGGUGCUGGAAAAUCCUUGAAUUCACCGUCUCGUCGUUUCCUGAGCGUUUCUCUGCUUCCAGGUUACGAAGGCGUUCCGGAGUUCUUCAACGACCUGCUGAGCCACAUCAGCAGCGUCCUGCAGAGCCAGAACCCGGACUUGGUUCCCGGUGGUGACCAGCCCAAAGGCCUGGCGGUGAGCGGUGGCGGCGGUGGUGGCGGUGCCGGCCCCCAGGCGCCAUGCUGCUGCUGCAGCAGCGUGCGUGGGAAGGAGCUGCAGAGACUGGGCUGCAACUCGGCCGUGUCGCCUAACUUCCAGCAGCACUGCGUCUCCACGAUAGCGACGAAGGCCUCCUCCCAGUGACUGAGCCCGGCCCGGCCCGGCCCGCUUGAUUCCUAAACAAAUCACAGUGGUGACAGUAAUAAUAAUAAUAAUAAUGAAGAUGAAUAAUAAUCUGAGUAAUUAUGAUGUUAAUAAUGUAUCUAAUCAAAAAUAGGCCUUUUCCUCUGUGGUUACUGAAACUGUUGGUGAUUGGGUGUAAGCUUCUUUCCUCUCUGCCUUUUUGUACAUUUGGUUCUGUCCGAUGAGACUGUAUCAGUACUGUAAUGUGAACCUUUGGGAACCGAAUGGCUGAGUUCAGUUUCGCUGUAAAGAAAGGGUCCAGGCGCGGUAGCUAACGGCGGCUAACGGCCCGAUCCAGCCAAACGCUUCCACAUCCGCAGUGCGACGGGUCGCGGUCCUGCGGGCCGCUGUCGGGUCAGAAGAAGGGAGUUCUUCUCAAAGUGCCAUGAAGUUAGAUUGAGAGAGAAGAGUUGAACAUGUGUGAUCACGUGACCAAGUUUGGUGGCGUUUCUGCAGCCGUUUGGCUCCAGAUGUCGAUUCUCUGCAACCACAUUCCCCGUUUUCAUGUCUGCAGAGAAAUUCCAGGAUGAUUUCCGAUAUUCCAGUGGAUCGUCUCCUUAAACGAGCGUGUCACUUUAAAACGAUAAACUAAAAGAUCCAAGAUUUUCAAAAUGUGAGAUGCCUGAGCUCCUCAGAAAAAUAUCCAUAAACAUUUAGCCAACUUCACCAAGCCUCUGCUAAAUAUUUAGUAUCUAAAUCUGUUUGGUUUCUGGUGAUUAUUUAAAGUUUGGAUUUUCAUGGGUUGGAUGUUAAGAUGCUCCACUAUGGGGCAAUAAUUGGGUUAUUUAGCCAUGAGAGCAAAAACUUUUAAUAAUAUUUUCUCCGUAUUACUCAUUAAUUUAUAAAUGUCAGUUUCAAACUAAAUAUUAAGUUAGCUACUAAAUAUUUAGCUUCAGUUAAAUGUUUACUUAGCCAUCUUAACAUUUACCUUAAAGCAAAUAUUUAGUUUGCAAAUUAGAUAUUUAGCUUCUAAAUUUCUAGAUAAUUAGCUAGAAAGCUGAAUAUUUAACUUCAAACUAAAUAUUUAGCUUCAAUAUAAGCAAAAUAUCUAGUUUGAAGCAAAAUAUCUAGUUUGAAGCGAAAUAUUUAACUUCAAGCUAAAUAUUUAGACUGAAGCUAAAUAUUUAGUUUGAGAGAGAAAAUUUACUGGUUAGUUUAAGUGGCGCUGGAAGACUUUCACAGCUUCCCAGCUGUAGUUUUAAAAAUGAAUUAUGCUUGGUAUUGGUUCAAACUAAAUAUUUAGAUUGAACUAAAUCUAAAUAUUUAGUUAGCAAGUGAAAUAUUUAGUUUCAGUCUAAAUGUUUAGUUAGCAAUCUGAAUAUUUAGUGUGAAGCUACAUAUUAAGAUUGAAACUAAAUGUUUAAUUAGCAAGCUAAACAUUUAGCUUAAACAAAUAUUUAGGUAUUUACCUUCACAUUAAAUAUUUACAUGAAAAGCUAAAUAUUUACCUUUUAUUUGCCAAGCUAAAUAUGGUGUAAACAAAAUGUUUUGUUAGGGAAUCUAAAUAUUUAGUAAGCCAGCUAAAUAUUUCACUUCAAACUAAAUACUUAAUUUGAAGCUAGAUAUUUAGCUUCAGCCUAAAUAUUCUGAAUGAAGCUAAAUAUUUAGCGCAGCGAAAUGUAUUUUGGUGUUUAAGCAGGUAAACCACAUCCAGGAACUUCAACAGAUUUUCAGAAAUCGAUAAAAUGGAGGACAGUUUUCUAUUUGCUCUCUCAUACUUUGAAAACUUCUGGUCUGGAUGAUUUAAGGAGGAAUCCGUUUCCUGUCGCUCAUCCUCUCCUGCAGAACUGUCCGUCGCUUCGCUGAGCUUGGUUCUGACCCGGUUCCUCUUCCAGCUGCUGUAUCUGUGUGAAGGGAGGAGGUCCAGCUCUUGUUCCCAGUGUUCACUGUGAUUUUUUUUUUUUUUUACUCUAGUUUGUUUAUACUUUUGUCUUGACAUCUAAUGAGAGUAACUUUAUUUUAUUGAGAUUUUAUGGAAAAAUGUUUUAUAUAAAUAAACUGAGAGCAGUGAUGUUUUUGAGCAUAUUUUACAGUAAAAUGGCUCGCAUGUUGAUGAUCAAAUCAAACCAGAACCGCAGUUCAGACUGUAAAUGAUUGCACUCCUCUGAGCCUGAAUCCUGGAGAUCAUUCCUCCUAUUUUCUUUUCCACUUAAUUGUCUCUGCAGCUUCCUCAUCAGCAUCUGUCUGGGCCAGAACCUUUAAAUCCAUACUGGUGAUCCGAACUACAGCGGAGUCAGGAGAAUCUAACACUUUCCUGUACUUCCUGUUCUUCAUGGUGAAAAUAAUCUGCAGCCCAGACCGUUUCCUGCUCCCAGCUUCACCUCAAUGUUUACUUCUUGGGUGUCUUGUAUAAUGUUUAUAUGCGCCGAGGCUUAAUUCCAUAUAGUAUGUUUUGUAAGAGUUCUGUAAUUAAGAUCCACAAUUUUGACCUUUUUUUAAUUAAAGGGCCAGUUCAACAGGCAAAAAUAAACAUGUGAAACCUC